UUUGUGUUCACCAAUCACUGUUCACUUCGACACACCCUUCAAGUGUUAGUUUUUUUUUUUCGAAUGCAAGUGAAACAGUCAACAAUUAAACAAAAUUUAGUGAAAAAUAAUAUUUAUUUCAUUUUGAAUUAUCAUAUUUUAUUUAAAAUAGUUGUGUAAAAAUUUUAAUUAGUGAUUUAGUAACAUUGAUAUAAUGAGUGAACAGCAAAUGGAUUGUGCCCUAGAUUUAAUGAGACGGUUGCCACCUCAGCAAAUUGAGAAAAAUCUCAGUGACCUCAUUGAUCUUGUACCUUCCUUAUGUGAAGAUCUCUUGUCAUCAGUGGAUCAACCACUUAAAAUAGCUAAAGAUAAAGAAUCUGGUAGAGAUUAUCUACUGUGUGACUAUAACAGAGAUGGAGAUUCAUACAGAUCUCCAUGGAGUAAUACAUAUGAUCCACCGUUAGAAGAUGGCUCUAUGCCUUCAGAAAGAUUGAGAAAACUGGAGAUUGACGCAAAUCAUGCGUUUGAUCAAUACAGAGAAUUGUAUUUCGAAGGUGGAGUAUCAUCAGUUUAUCUAUGGGAUUUAGAUCAUGGAUUUGCUGGUGUUAUUUUAAUCAAAAAAGCAGGCGAUGGAUCAAAAAAGAUCAAAGGUUGUUGGGACUCAAUACAUGUCGUUGAAGUACAAGAAAAAUCAACUGGUAGAAAUGCCCACUAUAAACUUACUUCGACAGCUAUGCUGUGGUUACAAACGAAUAAACAUGGGUCUGGUACUAUGAAUUUAGGCGGAAGUCUCACGAGACAGGUUGAACAAGACCAACCAAUCAGUGAAACUUCACCACAUAUCGCUAACAUUGGUCGUAUGGUGGAAGACAUGGAGAAUAAAAUUCGUAAUACAUUGAAUGAAAUAUAUUUUGGUAAAACGAAGGAUAUCGUUAAUGGCCUGAGGUCAGUGCAAUCGUUGGCCGAUCAAAGGCAGCAAGCUGCCUUGAGACAAGACUUAGCAGCAGCAUUACAAAGGCGAAAUGCUAACAAUUGAUCAUGUGAUAAUCAAGAGAGCUUCGAUUACCAUUGUGAUUAGAACGAAAAAAAUUAAUAUUAAUAAUAAUACUAAUAAAUAAAAUGAAAAAAAGGGAUUAAGAAUAAGAGUAAGAUUAAUUAAGAAAGGGAAAGAAAGUAACAUCAACAGACAUAAAUAUCUACAGUUUAAAUGCGUGGACUCGAACGAUUGAUACCCAUUCAUUCAGUUACACUACUUUGUUAUUAUCUAGAUUUAAUGAAUGCAGGGAAUUUAUUAUGGGGCUACUAAAGAGGACACUUAUGUUAUUGUUUGUUUAGAAAUAUACUCGGUCCCCAGUGGUAUUCAGUAUGUUACGUUGCAAAGCAAACACAAUGUAUUUGUAUAAAUAAAAUUCAUUUUGUUAUAAAG